UACGGCCUCCUUUUCUGCUGCUGCUGCUGCUGCUGCUGCCUGGGCCUAACACCUCAGCCUGAGUUGCUUUGCCUUGCAGCCGCUUUCUAUCACUCCAGCUGCCUCACGCAGAGAGGCUGGGCUUUUUAUUAUCUGUCCCCAUCUCCUCCCAAAAAAGAAAGACACCUAAAAAAUUCUCUGUGCAAGGUGGACGGGUGGUCACAGGAACCAAGAAAACAAAUUUCUGACCCGCCUGGAGGGUUCCAAAGCAUUCCAAAGACGAUGGCUACAGAAGAUAGCAGGACUGUGAAAGGCCUCAAGGAAGUAUGGAGUAGAGAAGAGAACACCUUGUGUGCAGAUUGCGGGAAACCUGAUCCUGACUGGGCCUCCUAUACUUUGGGUGUCUUCCUCUGCUUAAGCUGCUCAGGGAUUCAUCGCAACAUCCCUGACAUCAGCAAAAUCAAAUCACUAAAGGUGGACCACUGGGACGAAGAUGAGGUGCAGUUUUUGAUGCAGCAGGGGAAUGCAGUGGCCAAAGCAACGUACGAGGCCCAUGUUCCUACAUACUAUUACCGCCCAGUCCACACAGAUUGCCUAGUCUUGAGAGAGCAGUGGAUACGAGCCAAGUAUGAACGGAAGGAAUUCACGCAGCCAGGAAAACAGCCACAGUAUUCCAAUGGUCUGAAAGAAGGGGUCUUGUGGAAACGAGGCCGUGACAACGGGCAGUAUCUUCCACGUAGGUUUCUCCUGUCUGAGAGAGGGGGCUGUCUCAAGUAUUUCAUCAAACAUGAUGCAAAAGAACCUAAAAUAGUUGUUAAAAUUGACACUGUCAAUGCCACGUUCCAGCCAGAGAAGACAGGGAACCCAAAUGGCCUACAGAUCACCUAUCUUAAAGAUAACAAGACUCGCAACAUCUUCCUUUACCAUGAGGAUGGGAAGGAAAUUGUGAACUGGUUCAAUGCCAUUCGUGCAGUACAAUUCCACUAUCUGAAAGUGGCCUUUCCUGUUACAAGUGAUCAAGAGCUCAAAAGUCGGUUAACACGGAAUUUCCUGAAAGAAGGCUACAUGGAGAAGACUGGGCCCAGGCAGAAGGAGCCUUUCAAGAGGCGCUGGUUCACUCUGGACCAUAGAAGACUGAUGUACUUCAAGGAUCCUUUGGAUGCUUUUGCUAAAGGCGAAGUGUUUGUGGGCAGUAGGGAACAUGGGUACGCUGUCCUGCAAGGGCUGCCAACUGGCACUCAGGGUAGCUUCACCUGGCCACAUGGCAUCACCAUCGUCACCCCCGACCGUAAUUACCUCUUCACCUGUGAGACUGAGAGGGAUCAGCAAGAGUGGAUUGCAGCCUUCAGGCACGUCAUAGAGCAGCCCAUGACACCCCAGGAGUAUGCAAUUGAAGCUUGUUUCAAGCUCAAGCCCUAAUGUCUGAAGCAGAGAGCCUUGCUACUAUUCUGCUUGGUCUGCUCUCUUUGGGAAAGACAGGAAAAGAAGACAUCUACCACAUAAGCUGCUAUCUAUAUUCCAGUGCCUCGUGAUUGGGAACAUGUGUCCUUAGACUGAUGAACCACAUCUUUUUUGAAGCAGCCUGCCUAUCCUCUUUAAUAUGAUACAUUUUGUUGGGAGGAUGUGUUGAAAUGAACCGCAUCUGGUCAUGGUGCUUGCUGCUAAAGAGCUUCUGGAUCCAUUUGGACAUCAGAGCAUUUUGCUGUUUUGAUCAGCAAGGAAACUAGAUGCAAAGGUGGAAAGCAGAGGAGGUGAUCUAGAUGAGUUGACGAACUAUUUGUGAAGCCCCUGGCAGGCUUUCUUUCUGUUGGCCACACUGUAUGCAGGUGCCCUCCCCCAUGGCUUACUACUGGUUGCUAAUGAUUUGGCUGCUGUCUAUUAAAGGUUUCAACAGGAGGAUGCAAAACCCCCACUCAUCAUAAUGACUAUGUGUAUAUGUACCCAAAAUAUGAAUAUUUUAUUUUGCUCCUAUUUCUCACCCAGCCCCUUGCCUCUUACCGUGUGAUAAUUCUGAUCUUGUGGCUACCAGGUUUCUCCAUUUUGCCAUCUAUUCAAGGCCCUGAUAUAACCUGCCAGCUUUGGCUUAACCUCAGCUUCCUGACAUCCAGCAGUGGUACUUGCCCUUUGAGUUCAUAUUGUUGCCUCCAGAAAAAUGAGUGUCAUGGGUAUAGAGACUGUUCUGGGUGAUCCACACAUGCAUGCCUCGCUCUCAAAACUGGUAAAGAACAAAGAAGAAAUCUGUAUUAUCCAUUCAUUUUUGUUUUCCAUUCAUUUUAAUUGCAUUAGUUUUCAUUAUUCCACUGAUGUCAAUCGAAGACCUAGCCCCUCUUCUGCUGCCGGUCACCUGUGUUUUCUGUCCAAAUAUCAUUAAAUUUCUAGGCAUUCUACUAUCACCACAGAGCACCAGAUCAGCCAAAUAAUUUCAGGCAGACUGGACAAAGGGCCUCAAUUUUAUAAGGCAUUGAAAAAGUGUAUAUUCUACAAGAUAUUCCUUGUUUUCAGUGAGAGAACCACCAAUUCUUCUGAUUGUAAUGUGGCAUGAUAUUUUAGGCUCCCCAUUUUAUGUCUGACAGAUCCUUUGCGCUCUCUCUCUCUCUCUCUCUCUCUCUCUCUCUCUCUCUCUCUCUCUCUCUCUCUCAUCCUGUCCCUGUAAUCUUUCUGUGAUACCUGUACAGAGUGUUUCCAUUUUUCUCCCCAGCAGAAAUUAAUGAAAAACAAUCAAAUGAAAAAUGAAUAACUUUUUGUUCAGAACUUUCAUUAGAAUUCUCAUGUGAUUUCCUAACUAAAAUGAAUGAAACUAAUGGAGCUUGUUUUAUUUCCAUUCAUUUAAAAAAUGAAUGUCUACCCCUACUCAAGGGGUAGCUGUCAUAAUACUGCAUACCUUUCUUUUUAGACAAGCAGGUGGGGUUCCUGGGGAUUCUCAACAGCCAGCUUGGUCCCUCUUCUCAUAUCCAUCAGAUGAACCCAUCAGAUUUGUAAGCAAUCACAAGUGCAUGUUUGUAUUUGCAACCAGAAGCUAUCUUAGAAGUGGGAUAAAUUUUCUGUUUAAUGAAGCGAUUACAGGUAUAUCAUGUUGCAUGUCCAUAAGAACAUAAUUUGUGGCUUGGGUUCAAAGAAAUCACUUCUGAGCGGCUCAGUUAGAAUCCUGGAAAUAUUUGUGGGAGCAUUAUGUUGUUAAACUUAAUCCAGAAAAGAACACCAAAACAUUCAGUUAUACUGCCAAGCCUUUCACAGUCAUGUUUUCCCCUCUGAUCAAGCUGGGUUCAUAGAACAGCUCAUCCAGCACUCAGUUGCCAAGGCAGCUCUUCACAGCUGAUGCUCCUCCUAACCGUGUUUGACUCUGAGAAGCUCGCGAGAACUGCAAACAUAUGGGCAGAGAAUUCCAUUUCUCUCUAUUGGAGAGUACUGGUGUUAGCAUUACUGCUGAUUGCAUGGCAUAAACUAAGGGUGUUUUGUUCCAAGCCAUGACAAGCAGCCAUAAAAUCCAUGGCAAGCAUGUUCAUGCCUUCUUGCACUUUGCUGAUAAACCCCACCCUAUCUGGUAGGCUUCUGUCAUUUUUAUUCUGUAGGCCAGGGGUGAGGAACCUCAGGCCCAGAGGCCAAAUGCAGCCCUCCAUGCCCCUCUGUCUGGCCCUCUGAACUCCCCCAGGUCACACCGCUCACUGCCCCUGCUUCAUACCCUGAAUGUUUUUCUCUGGCUGGAAAGGGUCCUUGAAUAAUGAUAAUGUCUCCUGGUGGAUGGAGGAUAGAAAGGGGUGUGUGUAGAAACUAGCCUACUGUAGAAAGGUAAAAAUUACAUGUAUUGAUCCACCCACUCUUGCCUGUGGCCCUGCCCACCCCUGGCAUGUGGCCCCCAGAAGGGAAUCUAAUCCUUGGGCUAAAAAAAGUUUCCCGCUCCUGCUCUACAUCAUUGGAUAGGGUUGCCAAAUGUCCUGAUUAUGGUCAAGAUAGUCAGGAAAAUCACUAUAAUGGCAAGGAAAAAUCCAGGAUGUUUAAAACAAACAGCAAACAUUGCAAGCAGCUGUGUCA